CACUCUACAUGAAACUACCGCAGCAGGUUGAGUUGAGAUGAGAUGAGAGGAAUAGCAGCAGCAGCAAGCUAUGGCGGAAGAACAGAAAGUUCCACCACCUUCCAAUCCUACGUUGUCGUUUGAUCCUAGUCGAACGGUUGGUAUUAUCAAGAGGAAGGCCUUGAUCAAAGACUUAGCUGCGGUAUACCAUGCCGAAUGCCUUGCAUACUGUCAAGAGCUUUUGGAACUUCAAACUAAAUGGGAAGAGCCAUAUAUUGACUUAAAAACUCCAGAGGAAUCAAAAAAGGAGACAGCACGACCCUCUAAACGUGUAAAAAAGUUGCGUUAGGUUUUCAGGUGGUUGAUGCAUAACUCAUUUAGAGAGCAAAAUAUGCACCGUCAGAGGAUACCUUUUGCUUGCUGCUGGUGUAGCUGAUAGUAUCAGAGCACACAUUUAAUGUAGUAUUGAUGUACUUUUCAAAUGCUACUGAGACGUCAUGUUUGAGAUUUCAUCCAUCGGCCUGCAGUUGUGGAAACAUUUCCCCCUACUCGAUAAAAUACAUAUACGUAAUACAUUGAUUUUUUAUUGUGGGAAUGAUGUAUAGAAUGUUUUCGGUCCUGCAUUCAGCUUCUGGGUACAAUCCAUUGUUGAUAUUUUAGCUUGCUUUGCAAUUCUAUUUCUUUUUUUUUUGUUGUUGCAAUUUUAGCUAUAUGCAACAAAUUAGUGUACCGAGAAAUCAUCUACUGUGAAAUUUUAUUCA